AGAGGCUAUUCCAGGAGGACGAAACGGUGGUCGAGAUUUUGAUUUUCGUUUUGGAGGAGAAUGAGAUUCAGUGGAAGGACCUGUGAUCCAAGGGAUCCUAAAACCACAUUGCUGGUUUUUUCCUGUCAUGGAUGUUGAAGUAAACAACAAAUGCUGGGGGUGUGUAGGAUACUGCGACUUCGCCAAAAUCCUCUUAGGGGCGCAAUAUUUCAACAAUUUCAAGGAAAUGCAAUCUCUAACCUAAACAAAAAAAGUUCAAAUUUUGGAUGUGUUACGUCCUCUCCACGCACACAACAGAAGGGAUUGGAGAAUGUAACAGUGUCAGAGGUUCUAAUGACAAAAGGUGAAGAGAAUAUCGGUUCCUGGCUUUGGUGUCGAACCGAUGAUGCUGUCAUUAAUGCAAUGAAAAACAUGGCUGAUAAUAACAUUGGAUCAUUGGUUGUACUAAAGCCACAGGGGCAGCACAUAGCAGGGAUUGUCACAGAAAGAGACUGCUUGAAGAAAAUAGUUGCACAAGGAAGAUCUCCAUUAUACACACAAGUUGGUCAAAUAAUGACUGAUGAGAAUAACCUGAUAACUGUGACUUCUGGCACCAACAUUCUUCAAGCAAUGAAAAUUAUGACAGAGAAUCGCAUUCGGCAUGUUCCAGUUAUAGAUGGGAAAAUAGUUGGUAUGAUUUCCAUUGUAGAUGUGGUGCGAGCGGUGAUGGAGCAGCAAAGUGGAGAAUUGAAGCGACUCAAUGACUACAUCAGAGGAGAAUACUAUUAGCAGAAGAAUUCAACCAUGUAUACCAAAUUCAUGCAUCAAAAUGUAAUACACCUUUAUAUUUCAUAAUGAAUGGAGUUUGAUUUCUUUACCA